AUGCUAAGUGGAAAACCCUUAUCGCUCCUCCUCUCUCUCCCAUCGUCUUUCUCCCUCCCCUUGCCCCUACCGUUUGCCCUCCCCUCGCCCCUCCUGUUCGCCCCGCCCCUUGACAUCCCUCAGCCUCGGUUUGUGAGUGUGGAGUCUGGGUGCAAGGCACUGCUGUUUGAGAAAAAACGUUUUUUUUUUUUUUUCCUUUGUCCCUCGUCUUGUCCCUCCCCUUCCCUCUCAGCCUCGGUUUGCGCUGCUGUUCGUGAGAAUGCUCAGUGCAAUUUCCAAUCACGUCUCCUCUCCCUCCGCUCGUCUUUCUCCCUCCACUCGUCUUUUCUCCCUCCCCUUGCCCCUACCAUUCGCCCGCCCCUUGACGUCCCUCAGCCUCGGUUCGUGAGUGUGGAGUCUGGGUGCAAGGCACUGCUGUUCGUGAGGAUUAGAGAGGAUGCCAGGAAGGGGGGGAAGGGAGAGAAGGGAGGAAAGCAGUUGGAGGAGGGAGAGGAGAAGGAGGAGGAGGGUGAGAAGGAGGAGGUGGGGAAGACGGAGGAAGGGGAAAAGGAGGAGGAGAAGGGUGAAGGAGACAAGGAGGGGAAGGAGGGGAUAAGGCCGGGGAAAAGGAGCAGGAGAAAGAGCAGGAGGGAAGAGGUACAGGAGGAGGAGAGAAGGAACCGGAGAAGGAGGGACAGGGAGAGGGAGGGGGAGAAAGGGAGGCAGGGGGAGAGCAGGGAAGGGUGUCGCCGUGUGAGUUGGCAGAGGCGGGUGGUGGGGCAGGGGUGUGGGGCAGUGGUGGGGGCAGUGGGUGUGAGGCAGUGGGUGUGGGGCAGUGGGUGUGGGGCAGUGGGUGUGGGGCAGGGGAGUGAGGCAGUGGGUGGGGGGCAGUGGUCUGUGGGGCAGUGGGUGUGGGGCAGUGGGUGUGGGGCAGUGGGUGUGGGGCAGUGGGUGUGA